UCUAUACACAAACAAAGUUCUCUCUCUCUCCCUCAUGUCUAGUUUUCUGCGGUUGCCCUAUCUCAUGACCCUUUAGGUUAACGGCGUUUUCAUCAAACCUCCGGUUUAUGCGUCACCGCAGGAGCUCGAGUUUUCAUUAAAGUCGUGGACUUUCUUUUCAAGAUCAAAAGCCUUUUUUUGUGCUUUUGGGUUAUAAACCAAAAAAACACAUGGAAGCUUAGAAGAAGAAAGCUUUCAGAGUUUGUGAGGUUGUUGUUGGUUAGUUUGUUGUUUUCUAGCAAAUGCUGAGUCUCUUCUCUCUGAAUGGAAUAUUCUAGAGACUCGGCAGGGAUGAUGAUGGAGAAUAAGCGCAAUGUCUACUCUCUUGAAGAAGGCAGCAUUAAACGACACAAGUCUGAUCUCUCUUUCUCUUCCAAGGAGAGGAAGGAUAAGGUGGGAGAACGUAUCUCAGCUCUUCAACAGCUAGUUUCCCCUUAUGGAAAGACCGACACAGCAUCAGUACUUCUAGAGGCGAUGCAAUACAUUCAGUUUCUUCAAGAACAAGUCAAGGUUCUAAGCGCUCCAUAUCUGCAAGCAACCCCAAUUACUACACACGAGGAGGUGGAGGAGUACAUUUUGAGAAGCAGAGGGUUAUGUCUUGUCCCAAUGGAGUACACAGUAGGUGUUGCUCAGACCAAUGGUGCUGAUAUUUGGGCUCCUGUAAAGACUCCUGCUUUCAGUCUCCAGUCUAAUUCCCCCAUCUGAUGAUCUGUCUUUCUCAAGAUUAAAUGAAAGAUAAUAAAAAAAUGUUAGUGGUCUGAUGAUGAUGCCUAUGUAACACAUAUAUAAAUUGAUGAAGACCAAUGAAGUUGUCUCAUAGUCAGUGAUGUCUGUUUCUGUAAUUCUUACUGCUUAAUCUCCCAACUCUGUGGUGGCUUCAUCCCAUUACUUGAAUUUGAAUAAGUUGUCUACA